AAGCCGCUAAGCAUUCUGGGAACUACUCCUGUCUCUUUCUUCCUUCAGUUUUUUUAAGCACUAACACAAAUUGCUACUGUAAGUUACUACCGCUACUGUAUCCUUCACAAACUCACACAUUUAGGUUCAAAAUGUAAAACUCACUAAAUUUAUUUGACUUAAAGAGUAGAAGAUAGUAGACGCAACUAAAUGCGGCUCAAAUGUUUUACAGUGUCAUCAUGCAUGUUUUUGCAUUUGUCCCAACCUCAUUUCUGGUUUKUGCAUCAGUUUGCGUUAAYUGGACCUCUAAGAAGUUAAAAAUAAACAAACUUACAGUCAGAUUUUGGUGUCAUCACAUGWUUAAAUYAUCAURAAAUUUGGGUCACAACCCGUGUUUAUCACCGCUGGUCUUUAAUUCACAGAAAAUGCUCGUUUGUUUCCUCAUGUGAGAACUCAUGCGACCCACAAUCACCAACAUGACGCUGACUGUUCUGCUCAGUUCCCCUUUUCUAACCUUCGAGGUUCAGCARCGCUUCCCAAAGCGGCUUUAUCCUGUUCUGUUUGAGAGGUCGAUCAUGGAGCGCGCUGCUUUACCGCUCAGGAACAAAUCAGGAUGUCACACACAGGCUCUGAAGUCUCUGCUGUUCUACGUCUGGGAUGUUUACUCCAAACCCGCUCCGUCACGCAGAGAAAUCCUUUCUCUGCUGUCUAUCUGCUCCACCUUCGCUGUCUUUACCGGUGGCCUUCUGCACCACUGGCUGUCACAGACUCUAAAGUACGACCAUGUUGCUUCGGUCCAGACCACCUGCUUCUACAGCGUGACCAUGCUGCUGGUCUCCUUCCUGUUCCACCCCCUCCGCUGCGUUCUCACCAUGACCCUGCCMACUGUGUGCACCAAACAGGGAUGCAAACUCCUCAUCUCGGCCUCCGUCAUGAUCCUGGUGCUGAAUGUCAUCCCAAACAUCACGGUCAACGUAGGGGCCGUCGCUCGGAUCCUGAAGUGCACGGCUGAGGGCUUCACCAGGACCCUGCUGAACUCGUCUGAGCCCUUCAACGAAGCAAAGCGAGACCUGGUGGAGGAAGCCAUCAGAGUGCGGAGGGAGGACUUGAGCAUYGUCACCAAUUUAAGGAAGUUGGACCAUUUCACGCAUGUUGACGUGUCAGAAGUCAGAAGCACGUUUUCUAAAGUGAUUGGUCAGAUAGAGGUUAAUUUCUCACAUGCAAAGAACCUGCUGAGAGACUACAAGCUGCUGUCAAACCGGAUCCUCGCAGCUGUUUUUGUUGCAUUACUGAUUAUUGAAUCUGCACGAUAUUUAAAAUCCUACCUGACUUCUGUUCAGUUUGAUAACAGCUUCAUCGCUGCGUCUUCUGAGGGGGAUGAACAGCGGCCUAAAGAUAAAAUCAGGGUCGCAGUCUGUAAAAUAACAAGUCAGGAAUGUACUUCUUCCUUCAUAUCUCUGGUCAUUGUGACGUUAUACUUUAUUUCAAUAACUCUAAUCGUAGUUUUAGAUCACGUUGUGUAUCACAUAGUCCAGGUGAUCGUACCCUGGGUGAUGGAUUUCCCACCGACGACUGCUGCUAUAACUGUCAGCUAUAAGGUUAACUGGUUUCCUCCUGCCCUCUGCAUCAUCCCUCAGUCAUGUGUCACACAGGAGCUGAUCAACUUCCACAAGGACUACAAGUGGACCUUCAACCCCGAACCGUCUCUCUGUGACGUGACAACGUCGGCUCCGAAGCUGGGCGUCACUCUCCUGCUGGGAUGUCUCUGGGUCAUGAGCUACCUCAUGGUGUUUCUCGAAGUUUACGCCAAGCGGCUUCGCAGGAACAUCUGCGCGUCGUUUUUCAGAGAGCAGGAAGACAGAAGAAGAGCGUAUUUGACAAAGAAAUUAGAGGAAAAACAGAAGAUGAGGAAGAAAAGGACGGCUAAAGCUAUUAAUGUUUGAACUUUUAAGUGAAAUGUCCUAAUUAUGAUAGAUUUAUGUUUUAGACAAAAACAUUGUGACUUUUAUGUCUAUUUUAUUUUUUGUUUAACUUGUAAUAUUUAUGAAAGUAACAUUAUCUAACCCCAUAUACAAAUUAGGCUUAAUAUAAAAAUAUACAAACUAGCAUCUUCUUGGAACAAUUUAAAUAGCUCAACACAACUCUUAUUAGCUUCUCAAAAUUUAACAUAAAAAUUCAGUUUUAUUGACCGCUGAGGGUUAAAAAUAAUUUUGUUUCUUUAU